CGCAAGCUUCCAAGAUUGUUUGCUUCUCCCACCCCUUUGCAGCGUGUCGAGCCGCAACACAGAACUCAACCACGGGGUAGUUCGCAGAAAAGCACUAGAGAUGCAGUUCAGUAGGUAGCUGCGUAGCUCCGUCGCCUCAUUCUAAGACCGGACUCUAGUUGGUGGUUGGAUGAAACCCCGACUGAACACUAUCUCCUUGACUCGCGCGAUCUUCGAUCAAGGUCUUUCUCCCUCCAUAAUACAACGAUUCACUCCACCUAAGCAACUGCGGUGGAAGGCUUAGUAAGACUUGGAUUCUCGUUUGUCAAGCAGACGCAAACCCAAUACGCUCGACGCCACCAGGACGGUCCUCGAAGUUCCUUAUGAGUGUCCCUGAAAAGGCCCCGAAAAAGGCCGAAGAUGAGUACUGGAAGACGGCGCCCGACCCCGCGACGUACGGUUCGUUCGGUGAUCAGGGCUUGACAGCCACUGUGGGGGCGUACGGCUCCCUGCUGCGGAUAUGCUGUCCUAUUCUGAGCUCGGGCGAGCAGAGCCCCGACCAGGUCAACCUAGACGGUAGGGACUCAGACGAUAGCGAGCCAGAGGAUGGGAAUGAUCCAGACAAGCAGAACUCUGGUGGUCGUAGCUUGGAUGGGGUCUUCCAAUCGAAGAUCUUGUGUCUCGAACACAGCCGCGAAGAAGCAUACUUUGUCUGGGCGCGAGCAAGCCGUCUUGAAAAUCACGCCGAUGAUUUCCACUCCGGGUUCGGGCUGCGGUUGGACGAGAGCAUUCAACCGGAGCUAUCCACGUUGGACUUCGUCGACAAUCGCUGGCCGAUCAUCAAGUAUAAGACGAAGCAAGGCUUCUCCAUCACAGUACGGGCUUGGUGUCAGGAUGGCAUGGUUGUGCAGCAGAUGUUGAUUGAUCGAGGCACCGACGGCCCGGAUGCAGUAAAACUGAGUCUGGAUAUGAAUUUCGUCAUGCAAGAUCUGAAUUACAUGCAGUGGGCACCAAAUAUGAACAUGUGUGAGGAUCAAUCAAGCGAGUCUCAGGCCGAGAACUGUCUCUUAUUGAAAGGCCAGCAUAAUGGGGGCUUUAAACAGAGCCAGAUCGGCGUGCUUGUGGGAUUAUUCAAGGACAACGAGAGUCAUCCGGUCAGGAACUCUGAGAGGCCCGAUUCGAGACCUGGUCACGCAGAGCCCUCGACUACUGAAAGCCGUACUGGCUCUGCAAUUCGGACUUUCGGAGGCGAUCCCCAGCCCAUUGCCUUGGAGCAUGUAUUCGUCGACCAGGAAAUUCAAGUCACGUACACGGCAGCAUUUAGGUUGCAAGUGGCCUCAUCUGGCGAAUGGAUCUCACUGGCAAUCUCAACAGUGCCUAAGGAGCCGUCACCUAGCUCGGAUGGUCAACUAGGCGCAUUUGACUCUUAUGAGGAUAGAGUCAAUUGGCAUUGCCGUCGCCAUCUGGAGCAUAUUCUAUCGGUGUGCAGCAUUCCUCUUGAUAAGACACCAUUGAAGAUCGUGAACACACCUACUACCAGCGCUAUGAAGCAUACCUCAACCGCACAGAAGCUCAAUUCCCCCACCCCGGCUCCCGGUAAUCGAGGUGUAGCGCUCACCUGUGGCGAUACUGGGGAUCAUAGAGUCAGCAUAUCAGGAGGCUACUUUGCAUUCAUGUUCAUGUUGGAGAUGUACAAACUUCUUGAAAUGCAUCCGAACACCUCCGAUCUGUGCGGAAAAAUCAAAUGGACAUGCAAGGAUCACCUGGAGUGGGUCUUCAAUCUGAAGCCUGAAGCGGCCUCUUCUGCUAAUGUUAGGAUCGAUGGCGAGCUUAUCAAAGUGGGUGAUAGCAGCACCGACGUCCUGAAUGACAAUCCUACCAUCAUGCCGUAUCACAUCAUCAAAGCAACUGAGUACUUGAGGGUGUUUCAUGACUUAGAAGACUUUGAAUUUGUUUGCAAAAGAUUGGGAAACAUGUGCAAGGAGUGGUUCCUACAGCUGAAUCAGACAAAGAACAGACGGACGCCCACCUGGCAGCACUUCCAGGGCUCCGAUGUUCCAUACUAUCGGCUGGGGGAUCAUGUGUGGAUAUGGAAGGCGCUCAAAGGCAUCGAGGAAGUCUUGAAUUGGAUAGAAUCUCGGAACCAUGACCCGUCAGCCGGUUAUAUAGAAAGUGCAGUCCUCCAUGAUUUUUCGAAGCUGCGGGAGCGAAUGUUCACCUUGAUGGCCGAGAAGCGGGGGAGACGCCAAGCAACCCCCGCAGAAGAGCGCGAGCAAAACAUCUAUUUCAACUCAGAGGAUCUACGAAAAGAGAACAUCAAAAGGUUCACAGUCCGAAAUGAGGUGUUCAACAAACGCAUGCUGAGUGUCACUCGCAGUGCCAGCGAAACGCGGUUUCUGCUCCAUUUCCGAGACACCGUGCUGUACUAUGGAGCCCUUUGGGGAUUCUUCGAAGGGCAGGAAGACCUAAUCAAGGCGCUGCUGGAAAUUCAGACAAGACACGAUGACAGCCUAUGUGACGAGAUGGAGUGGACCAACCCCCUCCGGUAUGGACUGGCUCUAUUAUGGUCUCGUCAUGGAUAUCGGCUGGCAUGGGCGAAUUCGGCUGAUCAAAUGGAGUACCGAGCGAAAAGGGUUCUGCUGGGUUCGUCUUCCACAACUGCCCUGUUUUAUGGUCACCUCAACGAGGAUAAAAAAGCAACCCUUUUUGAAGCUGAGGAGGAUCGGGACUUUCAUUUCCAUGCCGGAUUCGAGAUCCCAAACAUUCUCUUGCAAUCCCUAAACCACAAUGUGGCUAAGGCCUUUCCGGCGGAGGGGCAACAAGACCACGAAGCUCGUGAUUCUUCAGCCGGUACCACUCAGCAACAGGUCUAUCAUGAUCCAAGACCCUCAAACGAUCAAAGCUCUCAGAGUCGAUCCGGCACACAACUGGUGCUUGUCCCACUUACCCUACGAAGGCAAAACCCGUACGGGACAUAUCUCGACGUGAAUAAAAUCGUGGAUGUGCCAGGUGAGUGGCUUUUCAAGGAACCUGAUUUCCUUGACUUCACCCCUCCCGAUAAGUUGGAAGACAGGAAGUUCAUCGUGCAGAAUGCUUCGGAUGCCCUGAGUCUUAAGAAAGGCGAUGCGUCGAUCAUAUGCACAGACAUCGGAAAUUUGCAGUCUGAUAACAGGGAGAUCCAGGCCGAAGCAAGACGCCAACGAGUACGAUUAAAAGAAACAGGAUCAUCAGGAAUUGUUCUUGACGUUCGCAAAAGCCAUAAGGAAAAGCUGAUUGGCCAAAAGCGUUCGAUUAUUUUUAUAGAGCAGGUGAAGCUCGACCUCUUCACAAACCAUCUACUGAGCAAACGGCGGCUCGAUGACAGUAAAAAGCGGGUGGUGUAUAUCAUAUCACCCACAUGUGAGAUGUCUGCCAUCUGUUACCUCGCAACCGCUGAACGUGAUAGACUUAGCUUCGCGUCUUUCAUCCAAAAACAUCGCGAGAUUCAAACAAGCUCCUUCCAUGAUGAUGUUGUGAUAGAGACCAACUCGUGGGUGACCGAAUUCCAUUGUCGCUUCUUCAGAGCAAUCUCCAGGGGUACGUAUAAUUGGGAAAGAUUGCACGCACACAGGCAGCCAAAAAGGGGAGGUGCUACCCCAGGCGAAAGGUACAGCCGACAGUUAGCCUCGAAGUUGUGCCCGCCGCUCGGUAACGGGAUGUACCUGGUAGAUGAUGUUUUCAGUUCGAUCAUGGUGGGUGAUUGGUGUGACCGCCACUGGACUUGUCAUGUGUUGGUGGCCUCAACGGCCAGUAACAACCUAUUCAAGAAGGAUUGGCGCCAGGAAAAUCCCAGUUUCACUCAAAGAAAGGUGCUUGAGCUGACUUUACUGAACAAUCUGCUGGUCGAUUUCCACGAGAGCACCAAGGAGAUUCUGCGCAGGGUUGAGCAAGACUCUCGGUCCAGUGCAUCGGGUAUGACUGAAGAACUGUACUCAACCAUGAGCUUCAAGAACAGGAAGCAGGAGCUACUGGAUGAAGCAUUCCAGGUUCUACGCAGGGUGAAAGACAGUAUCAAUGGGGUCCGGACGUUGAUAGACGACUGGAGGCAGCGGGAGAGUUCUCAGGGGAGAGAAAGGCCCCGUUGGACACGUAGCGACGAGCAAAAGCAUGGCAAGGUUCUUCGAAAACAAACCAAUGAAUUGGCGAAGCAUGACCGUGAGAUCAAUGGCUUGCUCUCGCACGUCGACUUUCUGAUCUCCCUGGUGAACAAUGAGAAGGCUCUCAGCCAGUCGAGGGAUGUUACUCGCUUCACCUACGCCACCGUCUUCUUUCUCCCGGUGGGGCUUGCCGUCAGUAUCUUCAGUAUGAGCGGGCCGCCGGACCAUACAGCCAUUCUCGGCAUGAUGAUUACUGCAAUCGUCGCUUUGGUGAUCACGGUGGCUUUCUUAUGGCUUGUCAUCAGAGUUCCAACACAAGUAUACCCACAGAGUCAGGGCAUUGGCUCGCUGGUGAAGGUCUUCCUGGCUAGAAAGGCGGGCGAGUUGGCCCACCUGCUCGGGGUGCAAGACACGAGCAAGCCAACCAAUGCCAUUCAGGGUUCAGUCGACGAAGUCGACACAGAUGAGAAAAAGGCGGCUCAAUCUAGCCACCGGAGCAUGUUUCGUCGUAUAUAUGAUAAGAUAGCCGUUUUCUCAGGCUUGAGACAUCAACACGCUGUACAGGAGCAUGAGGGUGACGGCCAAGCUUAGCAAAGGGUUUCCCAUGGGUGAUGAAGAAUGAGGGAUCCCUUGCAAGUGGGUUUACAGGAUUUCUUUAUGAAGCAAUAGUCCUGUCUGCGGCCUGCGGCGUUGAUGUCCAGGCUGCGCACUUCACACCACACCAUGUGAUGCGUUUGUGCUCAUAUAGCCUGAUGUGGCCUGACUUGAUCACUCAUCGACGUCCUCCGGAAAUUUGAAUAGCCUGCUGUAAAAAGAACCUUCAUAGGCAUGAAAUUCAUUCAGCUCUCCCACCAGUUUCUGACUUCGACAAGAAUGAGUCCAUAUUGGGAGCAACGAGGUAACA